AUGGUAACCAGCACAAAUACUACUAAAUCCACCGAGAAGCCCUGUUGCAAGUGUAAAACCGAGAAUGCUACCUUAUUGAUCCGUCAAGCAUAUUACUGCCAGUCUUGCUUUAUGUUUGUGUUCAUUGGUAAAUACAGAUCAAUUCUUUUACGUUUAAGAAACAAUGACAGAAAGAAUGGGAAGGUUCUGUUGGCAUGCUCAGGUGGUCCUUCAUCCAUUGCCAUGGUGAAUUUGACCAAGAAUUUCAUGCGUGUGGUGCCUUCUGAAAAGAAAAAAGUACAACUUAUACCUGAAGCCAUCGUUUGUCAUAUCGAUGAAAGCACUCUAUUUGAAUCAACAGCCAAGUCAUCCGAGAAAUUAGCUCAAGAUUUCAAGCAACACUAUUCUGAAUUCGAGUAUUUCAGCUAUCGUUUGGAAGAAGUGUUUGGGCCUGAAUUCACCAAAAGCAACACAUUCGACAAGAUCCUCAAGUCUACUUCAGGUGGUGUCGAGAAUGAAGGAUACGAGCAUUAUGUCAAGUGUGUACAAAGUAACUCCAACAAAUCUCAAGCCGAGCAACUCAAGCAAUUAUUCACCAAUAUUAAAAAGACAACCGCCAAGGAAGAUUUGCUUUGGAACAUCAAGAUGGAGAUGCUUGUAACUGUGGCAAGACGUGAAGGUUGUCCUUAUAUCUUCAUGGCCGAUUCGGCUACUCGUCAAGCCAUCAAGAUGAUUUCCAUGACCAGCAAGGGCCGUGGAUACAGUGUGGCAUUGGACGUCAGCGUAGACAACACACAAAGCUUCAAGGAUCUUUGCAUUAUGCGUCCCAUGAAGGACAUGCUGUCAAAGGAGAUUGGAUUUUACAACCACUUUGCCAACAUAACUCAAUUUGAGACAUUGCCCUAUAACUUCAGCACCAUGAUGCCUGGAAAGACAUCGAUUGAUCGAUUGACCGAAGAGUUUAUUGUGAGCAUCGAGCGAGAAUUCCCAUCUACUGUCAGCACCAUCUGCCGUACAGUCAUGAAAUUAACGCCCUCUGCCAACAUGGACCUGACCAAGACCUGUGCUAUCUGUUUGAUGCCAUUUGAAGCCGAUAUUGGCGCAUGGAGACAACACAUUACUGUGGCAGAUGUUUUAGAUGCUGAUGAAUCAAAGACAAAACAACAGUCUGCUGAUUGUGGAGAUUGCUCCAACCCUGAUGGUGGGUGUUGCAGUAGCGAAAGCACUGAUAAAGAGCCUCGCAUCGACAUGAACCAGUUUCUGUGCUACAGCUGUCAAGUCAACCUUAAAGAUUACAAUGAAGAGUCUGUUGCAUCUUUGCCACCCUACGUUGCUGAAAAUGUCUGCGACCAAAGCAGAGACAGCAGGUUAUUAAGCCAAAUCAAGGACUUUUUGAUCGAAGACAGUGAUGAUGGAGAAUAA